AUGACGCUAUGCUUUAGAAAUGUGAAUAUCAGCUAUGUGUUCGUAGUCUGUGUUAUCAAAGUGGCAGGAAAUAGGAACGUGUCCGUGGAGCCCCCGCGCUCUACGGCCUACUACUACGCAGACCUCGAACGGAUCAAACGACAAAAUGGCGGACUGACUGCGUCGCACAAUGGCCGACCGGCGGAUUUACAAGAUGGCCGACCGAGCACUGCACAAAAUGGCAGCUCGGGCGUUGCACAAGAUAGCGGACGCUGUGUAUCACAGAACGGGCGGGAGAAUCCCGACGAAUUGAGCGAGUACGUGGAGACGAAUGAGAUAUUCAACGAUGGCGCUGUCAAGGAGAUACCGCCGCUGCGAGACCGGUGGGCCGCGCCCAGGGCUGCAGAGGAGACGUACUCCACGGCCGGCACGUUCCCCAUGCCCGAGCCCAAGGAGAAGGAGCCGCUGCUGGCCGAGCUGGAGAUAGUGGGGCGGGUGCCGCUCACGCAGCUGUCGCCCACGCCCGGCGUGCGUAGGACCAGCUCCUGGUAUCUCUGCUGCCCCAACGUGGCAGACGACGAGAUCUCGCGGGAGUCCUCCUGGCGCUACUCCAGCCUGCGUCCUGUCACCGCGCCGCCCACUCCUGGACAGAACUCCUUCCACAUGGUAUGUUAUAAUCUCACAGUGGGUGGCGGGCGCUCGGAGCUCGCGGCGCUGCGUGCGGAGCGAGACGCGCUGGGGCGCGCGCUGAGCGGCGAGCGCGCGCGGGCGGCGGCGGCGGCGCGGGCCCACGACGCGCGCCUCGCUGAGCUGCACGGAGUCAUCGCCGAGCUGGUGCGGCGCGCGCAGGCCCGCCGCGCCGCCGCCAUCCCCGAGGAGGACGACUCGGAAGAGUGCGAGUCCACGACGCAGCCAGCCGGCGACCUGGACCACGAAGCUGAUCAGUCCAGGACGGAGCAGGACAUAUCGUCGGUCGCCAGCCCGGCCGAGCUGCCGACACCGCACCAGCCUCCCGACGAAGACCAUCACCCCAGGUGCUGUCAGAACACAAGGGCGGUGCACUCCAACAACAGCUGCAAGCGGGAGAGGGGAUCACCCGCCUUGCUGCCGUCGCCAGGGAGGUGUGAGGCGCGCGAGGCCAAGCUAGCGUCACGGGUGCGGCUCAAGAGGACCGAGGACUCGGACCACCAGCUCACCGAUGAAGAGGCAUGGUGCGUGCAAGCGGCGGAGCGCUUCGCACUGGAGGUGUGCGCACAGGCAGAGCUCAGUGAAGCCAUCGCGGGCGCGCAACAAGGUGAGUCAUAAUAGGGUGGCGGCGCGGGCGAGGUGUGGCGCGCGCGCUGCGUGCGGCUGGCGGCCGAGUGCCGCGUGCUGGAGGUGGCGCUGCAGCGAGCAGUCGACACGCAGCACAGGUUGUCGUGCGCGUGUGCGCUCCACGAGUCGUCGUCCGUGGUGCUGUGUGGUGCGCUGCGGGCGGCCGACCGCGCGCUCGAGACUUACGACGUGCUGCUCGCACUGGCGGAGACCGAGGCUCGAGCCGCCGCACCCGCCCGCCAGCGUGGUGCAGCAGAAGCGGUGGCGAAGCAGCUGUUGGCUCGACUGGAAGCCCCGCCCGCGUGGGGGGAGCCCCUCCUGUCACCCGGCCCCUGGUACAACCACAACAACGCACACGCGGGCCAGGAGGCGAGCGAGUGGAGCGACGCGUGCGAGGCGCGGCUGAGGGAGCACGCCGCGCGGCUCAAGAGGGAGACCGUCGCCAUGAGGACGCUGCGGCCGCCGCCCGCGCUCUUCUCGCUGCACGAGCUGGAGGACGAGGAGGUGAGCCAGUCGGAGGAGCGACUCAACAUGUCGGAGAUGGAGACAGCCGUCAUGAUGCAGGUGCGUGAUGUAUACUGA